CAGUCAACAGCAACAGCUACGACGGCAGCAACAUCAAAAGCAGCAGCAGCAGCAAGCCAUCCGGCUGUAGUCACACACAUUGACACGCCCCCAACCCAGAUUCAUAUACCGUACAUUCAUAUAUCUUACCGUACAUACAGAAAUAUAUAGCCGGAUAUACAUAUACAUAUAUAUACAAGCGAGAUGCUGAAAACUGUGACAACAGCAAUGGCUGCCGACGAUGACGAUGUCCCAGCGAGCAUUUUGGAAAUAGAACUGCCAGCCAUUUUGCUCAACGAGAGCCUCUUCAUCGAGCUGAAUGGCAAUCUCACCCAGCUGGUGGACACGACCAGCAAUCUCAGCCAAAUCGUCUGGAAUCGCAGCGUAAGCGGCAAUGGAAACAGCAACACUUUCGACCUGGUCGAUGACGAACAACAGCGGGCGGCGGUCGAGUUUUGGCUAUUGGUCAAAAUGAUCGCCAUGGCCGUGGUGCUGGGACUCAUGAUACUCGUCACCAUCAUAGGCAACGUAUUCGUAAUUGCCGCCAUUAUACUCGAGAGAAACUUGCAGAAUGUUGCCAAUUAUUUGGUUGCAUCUCUGGCAGUGGCUGAUUUAUUUGUUGCCUGUCUUGUCAUGCCGCUUGGCGCCGUCUACGAGAUAAGUAAUGGAUGGAUAUUGGGACCGGAACUGUGCGACAUUUGGACGUCUUGCGAUGUCCUUUGCUGCACAGCAUCCAUACUGCACCUGGUGGCCAUUGCGGCGGACAGAUAUUGGACCGUGACCAAUAUCGACUACAACAAUCUGCGGACACCGCGACGCGUGUUCCUCAUGAUUUUCUGCGUCUGGUUUGCGGCGCUGAUUGUUUCCUUGGCCCCACAAUUUGGCUGGAAGGAUCCGGAUUACAUGAAGCGCAUCGAGGAGCAGCACUGCAUGGUGUCGCAGGAUGUGGGCUAUCAGAUAUUUGCCACCUGUUGCACCUUCUAUGUGCCGCUGCUGGUGAUUCUGUUUCUGUAUUGGAAAAUCUACAUUAUUGCCAGGAAGCGCAUCCAGCGACGUGCCCAGAAGUCAUUCAAUGUCACACUAACCGAGACUGACUGCGAUUCGGCGGUGCGGGAGCUGAAGAAGGAGCGCGGCAAGCGGCGGGCGGAGCGGAAGCGUCUGGAGGCGGGCGAGCGGACUCCAGUGGACGGCGACGGGACGGGCGGACAGUUGCAGCGACGUACCCGCAAGCGGAUGCGUAUAUGUUUUGGCCGCAACACGAACACGGCCAAUGUGGUGGCGGGAUCAGAGGGCGCGGUGGCCAGAUCGAUGGCCGCCAUUGCCGUGGACUUCGCCAGUUUGGCCAUUACGCGCGAGGAAACCGAGUUCAGCACCAGCAACUACGACAACAAAAGCCAUGCGGGCACCGAACUAACCACCGUGUCCAGCGAUGCGGAUGAUUAUCGCACCAGCAACGCGAAUGAAAUCAUCACGCUGUCGCAGCAGGUGGCCCAUGCCACGCAGCACCAUCUGAUAGCCUCGCAUCUGAAUGCCAUUACGCCGCUGGCCCAGUCCAUCGCCAUGGGUGGUGUUGGUUGCCUGACCACGACCUCGCCAUCGGAGAAGGCACUGUCAGGAGCAGGAACGGUAGCGGGAGCGGUAGCUGGAGGAAGUGGAAGCGGAAGUGGUGAGGAGGGAGCCGGAACGGAGGGCAAGAAUGCCGGAGUGGGGCUGGGCGGAGUGCUGGCCAGCAUCGCCAAUCCGCACCAGAAACUGGCCAAGCGGCGACAGCUCCUGGAGGCGAAGAGGGAGAGAAAGGCCGCCCAGACGCUGGCCAUCAUCACCGGCGCCUUCGUCAUCUGCUGGCUGCCAUUCUUCGUAAUGGCCCUCACCAUGAGCCUGUGCAAGGAGUGCGAGAUCCACACGGCGGUGGCAUCGCUCUUCCUCUGGCUGGGCUACUUCAACUCGACCUUGAAUCCGGUCAUCUACACCAUCUUCAAUCCAGAAUUUCGACGGGCCUUCAAGAGGAUUCUCUUUGGUCGAAAGGCUGCCGCUCGAGCGCGCAGUGCGAAAAUUUGAUUUCAACUGAAGGAUAACGAGGACCAGUAUUUGUAAUUAAGGUCAGGCGAAGGAGUAAACGAGGUCUAUACAGACGGGCAGGCAAUAUGCUACGGAAUUGGCAUUGUAUAAAGGCAAACUAGCAAGUAGAGACGAUGUUUUAGCAGUGACAAUCCUAACUAGCUGUAACUAAUUAACUAAAAUUCCUCACCACACACACGUGCCCCAAAAAGACAAAAAGCGAAAUAUGAAUAGUAACGACAAAACUUAAGUGUAACCGAAACCAAUCGAGAAAUGAAAACGUGGAAUUAUGGUAGCUGAUACUCACUAGAUGUAAGCUUCGCGUAUGUAUUAGUAAUUUAUAGAUAUUUCUAAAGUCUUCCCUGUGUCUUAAAGAAACCCAAGAGUAGUACGCUUAGAUACCCUAGAAACCCUAAGUAGGUGGGAUGAACAGUGAUCGGAGAUCGAAGAUAGUGAUCGGUUAUACAUAGGCUGGGUCCAAAGAACUUCUUACGCUUUCAUAUUCUGUGUUAGUUAAUCGCGUUCAGUUAUAGCCUAAGCUGCAAAAUGCUCAAUUAUUUCAAUUGGAUAAGCACAUUUACAUAAAGGUCAAUAUCAACAAAGAUUAACGAAUUUACACAGCUAACUCAUGACGACACUAAAAACCCAAAACCAAAAUGUUGCAUAACCCCAUAAAGGAUAAGCCACCAACGCAAUGGCUAAUUAGGCAGUACACCCAACUUUAUUCGGCUAAAUUAGCAUAAAUCCAAAACCGAAAGUUCAACUUUCGUUACUAAUAUUUCUUACACACAUACAUAUACAUGCCAUUUGAAAUCCGGGAAGCCGCAACAAAAAGUUUGACCCAUGAUAUACGCAUUCAUAGUGGUACAGCAUCAUAUACACCCAUAUAUAUAUAUUUAGUAUAGUAUAUUUAUUGUUCGAUUUUUGAAAAGUUUUCUUGUAAAUAAACGGACUUACAGUUUUAGCAAAUAGUAAACCAACCGAAAAACCUACAACCACAACAAGAGCAACAACCACUCGAAUAACAACCAUGGAUAUAUACACGUCGGUCUGUAUGUAAGGGCCAUUAAGUCAAUGCUGCAGUUGAAACCUAAUACGCUUCGGUAUGCACAUGUAUGCGUACCAACACAUAUGUCUAUCUGAUAUGUAUAUGUAUUUGUAUGUGUUUUGUCGGUGUGUGUGUAUGUGUUUAUGCAACUUCUCGAUGUGUACUUCAUGUCAAAGUUAUUAAAAUUGUGUUUUAUCAACAGCGUA